AUGAAGCCUGCUGAGUUGAGAUUUCUUCUAGAGCUCUUCGUCUUCAUCUUACUGGCUACCCCAUUCAUGGGUGGUGUUGUUAGACUUACUGAGCGGAUAUGUGGAGAUCUCAAAGAUCCCUGCUUUAUGGACCUGAAACCUGGCAGCUGCUAUGAAAUCCACUUUAAAUAUUUCUACAACUACACCUCCAAAAGAUGUCAAAGUUUCAUCUUCUCUGGCUGUGAUGGCAACCUUAACAACUACAAUCUUAAAAUAGAUUGUCAAAUAGCCUGUGAGGAAGAGUACAAAGUACCGUAA